UUCACCAAAUGCACAAUUUGGUUCCACAUAAUACAAUCCAACGGUCCAGAUUCGUUCUCAUUUUUCUCCUAAGAUCUGUUCUUACCGGAACCACACACUGUACUGUAACCCUAGAGGACAAAUAAUUUUGCAUUAUUCAAUCUGUUUCUUCUUCAUCUCUUGAAUCUCUUUCGCUAAAUUCUCAAUCUUUGUUGCAUUUGUAAAUUCACAUGGUAUCAGAUUAAGGCUUUGAUCUUAUUCGAUCCUAAUUGAUUCCUGAUCUUUUCUCUGAUCGAUUUCUAUAAUCGAUUUAGUACCUGUUGAUUUCUUGUUCGAUCAUCAAAUACUACUAAAACCCUAGUUACAAUGGUAAUGACUGAUUCUUCUUUGCUAAAUCCAAUCGAGGAUCCAUCAUCUCCUUACUACCUUCAUCCGAGUGAUCAUGCAGGUCUUCGCAUCAUCUACGAAACGCUCACUGGAGACAAUUUUUGUGCUUGGAAGAAAUCUGUUACUAUGACCAUGACGGUGAAGAACAAAAUGGGAUUUAUUGAUGGAUCAAUUGAAAAGAUGAACACAGAUAGCUCUCUUUACUUCACCUGGUAUUGUAUCAAUGCUCUGCUCCUAUCUUUACUCAUUUAUUCAAUUUCUUCCAGUCUUCGUACUACUUUUCUUUCUUUUACCAAUGCUAAGGAACUUUGGAAUGAGGUUCAACUUAGGCAUGGUAAAAGUGAUGGUCCUAGGCAGUUUCAACACGAAAAAACCCUAGGAAAUCUUUCUCAAGGCUCUCAAAAUCUAAUUGAUUACUACAAUAAUUUCAAAUAAAUUUGGGAUGAGUACUCUGACUUCACAACUAUUCCUUCUUGCACCUGUGGAAAAUGUACUUGCAAAAUUGCUGAAUCUUAUCAAAAACUUCUUGAGAAAGAGUCUAUUCUUAAGUUUCUUGUUGGACUGAAUGAGUCUUAUGUCAAUCUGCGAGGUCACAUACUUCUUAAUACUUCUGCUUAUACUUUGUCCAACCUUUACUCUAUUCUUCUGCAAGAAGAAUCACAGAGAUCUCUUCAGUCUUCUUUUCCCUACAAUACUUCUUUUUCAGAGCCUUCUGCUUCUGAAAAACUCAAUAAUGAUGCCACUGCUUUCUUUGUUAAGAAUUUCAAGAAGAAAAACUUUAUUACUUGUACUCAUUGUGGCUAUCAAGGUCACUCUUCUGAAAAAUGUUUCCAACUCAUUGGAUAUCCAAGCAACUGGAAAGGUCCAAAAGGGCAGAGAAGUGCACCAGGUUUCAAGCCUCAGUCCAACUCUACCAGAAGCCAUCAAGCUCAUACGAUUACAAAUAACCAACUCCACCAGAAGCUAACACAGAAUCUACUCCUGUUCCUGCGAAUUCCACCUUUGCUGCAACUUAUUUCUGUGAUCCCAAUCUCUAUGACAAAUUUUUACAAUUCGUCCUAAGUCUACAAUCUAAAACCUGCUUAUGCUAAUGUGGUCAUCAUUGCUCCUAAUGAUGGUUCUACUGCUUCUCACAAUGACAUCAACUUCUUAGGUAACAACUUUGCUCUUUUAGUUUCAAAAUCCUCUCAAUGGAUCCUAGAUACUGGAGAAUUUGACCAUAUGGUCUAUGAUGUUUCCUUGUAUACUACUCCUACCAAAAAUAUUUCAAUAAAUAUACAACUACCUACUGGAAUUUCAUUUCUGCUACUAAAAUUGGAGAUAUACAAUUAAAUUCUAAUCUUACUUUACACAAUGUGUUGUAUGUUCCCAAUUUUACUUUUAAUCUUAUCUCUAUUUCUAGUCUAACAUCACAUAAUAAUAUUUUAGUUCAUUUUACUUCUAAUCCUGCUAUUUUGCAGGACCACCUUACUAGCAAAAUGAUUGGCUAUGCUGAUUUAAGAAAUGGUCUUUAUCACCAUAAAUCUAAUCAUUCCAUUGAGCAUACUUCUACUGUGCAUUCUGCCAAUACUCAGCUUACUUCAUCUACUGAUCUUUGACAUUUUAGACUACGACAUCUCCCCUUCAAUAAACUUGUCUUGUUAUCUGAAUGUAAUGUUUCUAAUAAUGACAAACAUUCUUCUCCUUGUGAUAUUUGUCAUUUUGCCAAACAAAAAAGAUUACCUUUUCCUAUCAGUACUUCUCAUGCUUCUAAUGCUUUUGAUUUAGUUCAUAUGGAUGUCUGGGGUCCCUAUAAAGUAACUUCUUAUACUGGUUUUAAGUAUUUAUUAACUGUUGUUGAUGACUACACUAGAUGCACUUGGAUUUUUCAACUUAAAACCAAAUCUGAAGUUAAAUUUCAUAUGCUAAACUUCUAUAAAUUCAUUGAAACUCAAUUUCAAAAGAAAAUCAAAAUAAUUAGAACUCAUAAUGGCACUGAAUUCUUUUUUCCUGACUUUUAUAAUUCUAAUGGUAUUGUUCAUCAAUUAUCUUGUGUUAAAACCCCUCAACAGGAUGGUAGAGUUGAAAGAAAACAUCAACAUAUAUUACAAGUUCCUAGAGCUCUUUUAUUUCAGUCCUGCUUACAUAUGGCCUCUUACAUUCUGGUCUGACUGUAUACUUACUGCAGUCCACAUCAUUAACAAAUUACCUUCUUCUAUUCUAAAUAAUAAAUCUCCUUUUGAAAUGCUCUUUAAUCAUCCUCCUGAUUAUACACAUUUAAAGGUUUUUGGUUGUUUGGCUUUUGCUUCAACUAUUACUUCAAAUAGAACUAAAUUUUAUUCUAGAUCUCACAAAUGCAUUUUUAUUGGUUAUCCUUUAGGUUCUAAAGGAUACAAAUUAUAUGAUUUAACAACUCGCAAAACUUUCAUUUCUAGAAAUGUAAAAUUUUAUGAAAUGACUUUUCCUUAUAAAACUAAACUUACUGGAAAUAAAUCCACUUCUGAUACUAAUACUGACUACUUUUAUGACUACUCAACAACUUUUACUGAACCUUUUCAAGCUUUAAAUCAUACUUCUCAUAAUAACUCUGAAAAUACUACUCUUUCAUCUUCAUUUACAGAUUAUAUGAAUAAUUACAUAAAUGAUGAAGUAGGUUUAUUUCAGUCAAAUACUGCUGAUGAUUCUUUUAGCUUUUCAGAGACAGAAAAUGCUCAAACUGAUUUAAUUCUUACUGAAAAUGCCCAAACUGAAGACGAUUCUCCCAGAAAGUCUACAAGACUAAGAUCAAUUCCUAUUCAUAUAAGAGAUUUUGAAUACAAAUUACCUCGGUCUAUUAUUCCAGGUAAUUCUGAAUCCACUUGUAACUUUGUUAAAUAUCCCAUUCAAAAUUAUAUUUCUUACAACAGAUUGAGCCCUUCAUAUCACUGUUUCACUGCAUCUCUUUCUAAACUUACUGAACCUAAAACAUACAAACAAGCUAUUGAAUUUUCAGAAUGGCAAAAUGCUAUGAAUGCUGAAAUUAAAGCACUUGAAGACAAUAAUACUUGGAUUCUUGUUGAUCUACCAGCUAAUCAACACACUAUUUGCUCAAAAUGGGUUUUUUAAACAAAAUUGAAAUCUGACGGUACUCUUGAAAGAUAUAAAUCUAGAUUAGUAGCUAAAGGCUACACUCAAGAAGAAGGUCUUGACUAUUUUCAUACUUUUUCUCCAGUUGUCAAACUAAAACUGUUAGAAUUUUAUUAGUUGUGGCUUGUUCAAAAACUGGCAUUUACAUCAAUUAGAUGUAAAUAAUACAUUUCUACAUGGUGAUUUAAAUGAAUAUGUGUGUGUGUGUGUGUGUAUGCAACCCCCUCCUGGUUACUUAAAAGAUAAUGAAACUAGAGUCUGUAAACUGCUUAAAAGCUUAUAUGGUUUAAAACAAGCUUCUAGACAAUGGUACUUUAAACUCUCUGAAUCUUCAAAAUCUUUUGGAUAUAAAUAGUCUCAAGCAGAUUUUUCUCUUUUUUACUAUAACUAAUCAACUUUCUUUCACUGUUAUUCUACUUUAUGUUGAUGAUCUUAUCCUUGCAGGAAAUGACAUGAAUGAAAUCAACUUUGUUAAAUCAUUUCUACAUCAUAAGUUUACUAUUAAAUAUCUUGAUGAGUUAAAAUACAUUUUAGGCAUAGAAAUUGCCAGAUCUAGCACUGGUAUUGUUUUAAAUCAAAGAAAAUAUACUCUUGAUAUGCUUUCUGAUUUUGGUUAUCUUGCUGCCAAACCUUUUUCAACUCCUAUGUAUUCAAAACAUAAACGUUCAAAAACUGCUGGAACUCCUUUGACUGAUCCAAAAUCAUAUAGAUCUUUAUUUGGCAGAUUAUUAUAUCUCACUAUAACCAGACCUGACACUUCUUUUUUUGUUCAAACUCUUAGUCAAUCUUUAUCUUGUCCUACUGAUAUUCAUAUGACUGCUGCACACAGAGUACUUAGAUACCUAAAAGCCUCUCCAGGAGAAGCAUUUCUGGUUAUUGUUUUUACCUAGGUGAUUCACUGAUUUCUUGGAGAUCUAAGAAACAAGCAGUUGUCAGUAGAUCUUCUACUGAAGCUGAAUACAGAGCAGCUGCCAAUGCAGUCUGCGAGGCACAAUGGCUUUUCUAUAUUCUUAAAGAUUUACAUAUUUGUGUACACUUACCUAUUACUCUCUAUACUGAUAACAAAUCCACCUAUUAUCUUGCACAAAAUCCUAUUCAACAUCAAAGCACCAAACACAUAGAGUUAGACUGUCACUUAAUUCGAGAAAAAAUUAAUACUGGCCUUAUAAAUCUUGUUCAUAUUUCUAAUACUUGUCAACUUGCAUAUAUAUACACAAAACCUCUUGGAAAUCCUUUAUUCAAUCAGUUUGCAGACAAGAUGAACAUGUUGGACAUCCAUGCUCAUCUUGAGGGGGCGUCUCAAGAAUAAUGGACCGGACAACUCCAUUCUUUCAAACUUGAAGAAAUUACUCAUAUUUAGGGAAUAAAAACAUAAAAAGUCAAAGCGGAAGAGGACCUAGCCGUGGCUAGGGUUUAGGUUGGGCGUUUUCAUUACGCUACUUUUCUAGUUUUCACGGCGGAUCUUCGGCGUUUUAGCAGACGGACCGUGAGCAGGGGAGCACUCGUCAACAGUGCUGGGAGAACGAUCUUCGGCGUAUUCGUGCGACGAUUUCACUUGUCAACAAAUUCGGUUCUUGCAAGCCGGAGUUUAGCCAUGGCGAACGACUGGGGGAUGAGGUCGGAGUUUAGCGAUGGCACUUCUGCUGGGGUUGAAGCUCUGGCAAAUAUCUACGGGCAGUUGGACCUGGAAGAAGAGGAAGAGGUCCUUGUGGUUGAACCUAUGGCGCAGAAUUCAUCGAAGCACAAUUUGACCAUGGUGGGGACUAUUACAUCAGAAAAGUCGGUACGUUUUUCUCAGUUUAGAGAUAUUAUGGUGUCUGUGUGGAAACCUGAAAAUUGUGUUACUGUAACUGAAAUUGGUCCUAGACGGUAUGUGUUCCAGUUCUAUAAUGAGGAGGAUGUCAGUAGGGUUGAUGAGGAGGGACCAUGGCUCUUUGAUCAGAACCUAAUUGUUAUGAGUAGACUUAAAGAGGGAGAUAUUCCCUUGUCUGUCCCACCGAAUAAAGCUGAUUUUUGGGUUCAAGUUCAUGAUAUUCCAGUUGGAUAUUUUAUUGUUGAGAAUGCAGAACGAAUUGGGAACUUUUUGGGAACUUUUAUAAAAGUUGAUGACAAUAAUUUCUCUGAGAAUUGUGAAUCAUUUAUGAGAGUUCGUGUUUGUAUUGAUCUGGGGAAACCUUUGAAAAGAAAAUUGGUUCUGCAAAAAGAGGAAGGAGUUACUUUCCGUGUCCGAUUUUGCUACGAGAAACUGCCUAGUUUCUGUUUUUUGUGUGGAAUAAUAGGGCAUGCUGAAAGUCAUUGUCCGUGUAAACGGAGGGGUUAUGAAGUCACUGGUGAGAGGCCAUUCGGGCCUUGGCUUAGAGCUACAAAAGGGGCAAAGCAAUGGAAGGAUAACAAAUGGCUCGUUCCAGCGGGGAAAGGAAUCAACUAUGGUUGUAAGGCAACCGAAGGAAAUAGAGAGGAGGGCAUGCGAUCAGGUAUCAAGGAAGGCAAGCUCUCACUACAUAGCAGGGGACAGAUUGAGCAGAAACGAAGGCGGGUGGAGGACUCAACAGAUCACCAGACCGGGGAAGAGAUGGAGAUUGCCCAUACCGGGGGGGAAACGAGGAGGAGGCGAGCUACAAAUGUGUAGCUCGCCAGGCACAGCAGUGAGAGUCACCGAUCCGCAGCUUUGGGAAUUUAAUAAGGUUGAAAGCCAUGUAGACUUUAUUUAAUUUUACUGUUUUUCCUUGUUUUUCGUUCACGUUGCUAUUCUCGUUGUCUUGAACUCUAGCUGUAGGCUGGUUUUUUAUUUUUCUUGCUUGGUUAGGGAUAUUAAGAUUGGUGGAAGCGAUAAGGCUAGUUUGGCCGUUCAAAGCUUCGAAACGCUCACAUGGUUCGCCAAUAGUCUCGCUCCUUCCGGGGUGGUCUAUUCUAAGUCUAACUAGAGAGUGGGAGGGCCUUUGGGCUAUGCGGAGCCUCACGAGGAGGUUUGGCGUUGUGAGGGGGGAGGUAUUUCUAAAGUUUUGAUUGAGGAGGUUUGUCUUUGUAAGGGG